AUGGGUGAAUCAACUCCCACAGAUCCAAAGACCACCUUCCACGACCCGUUCGAUAUACACAACUCAGACACACCAGGACUCUCCUUGGUUAACUUCAAACUUGAAGGACAUAACUAUGGCCAAUGGAGUCGAUCUAUGCACCUUAGCCUCAGCGCCAAGAACAAGCUUGGAUUGAUUGAUGGAUCAAUCAAAGCCCCUUCACCAAAUGACUCAAAAUUCUCACAGUGGCAGCGCUGCAAUGAUAUGGUUCUGUCAUGGAUUCUUCAUGCUCUCCAUCCAGACAUAGCCAGUAGUGUUCUCUAUGCCAAAACGGCGGCAGCCGUAUGGACAGAUCUUCAAGAUCGCUUUUCACAAAGCAACGAUUCCAGGAUCUAUCAGAUUCGACAAGAAAUUGUCGAGUGUCGACAAGGAUCAAAGCCUAUCUCCAUCUAUUAUACAAAUUGA